GCCACAUGUUCGAAUUUUAAUUUUGUGGUUCCAGGGCUUAAGAUACUUUAGCCAAAAUUGUUUGGGCUUCUCUCAUUUCACUCCUCGCAGCAUUCCCUCUCUCCCUUCUCUCCUUUCCCUUCUCAUCCUUUCUUAUAUUUCUCUGGUCUAUGCGACCUGAAAUCGAAAACCCUAGUCCUAACUCUCACCUAUCUCUUUGCUCUUUCCUCUGCGAAACCCUAGUCCGUUAACUUCCCGAUCGAAACCCUAAUCUCCACCUCGAAUGGUUCACCCUCUUCUCCUUCUUCUCUACAAAUCCUUGAGCAAAAUUGAAAUCCCAACCUGUCAUUUUCCUAGCUCUGUAACUCAGAACCUCUAACUCAAUCCUCACUCUCUCCUAUUUUGUUUCCUCCUUCGAAUCUUCUCAAGUUCUUACUCACCUACAACUCUUCGAACAUGAAACCCUUCCCCUCUUUGUAUUCCUAAAACGAACUGCAGUCUUAGGGUUUCAGGUCAUCCUAACGUACUACACUGAGAUCCUCAGUUCGUCAUAAAGUCUAAAUCACGUUUUAUGGUCUUCUUUCUUUGUUCGAUCUGACACCGCAGCUAGUUCGUUCUCUCGAAGAUGAACGGGCGAACAAUCAAGGGUGGUUGAAGCAGUGGAGCUCGAAGGAAAGCCUAAGAGGAGUCUCGAUCGACGCUAAUACAAUAUGCAAUCAGAUCAAAGCUUACUCACCAUAUCAGUUAUGUGGAGGGGGAAGAAAUUUAUUUUGGACAUCAAUUCCAGUGCUGCUCUUAAAGAGUUUGGAGAAGAACUUCAGAAACUGACCAAUGUCAAAGCGGAGACUAUGCGGCUUAUUGUUCCACAAUCUUCUAGCGAAGGGCCGAAGCUGCUUUCUCCUUUUUCUGAUGAACAGUCGCACUUAAGUUUGCUAGAAAUUUCCAUUCCACAGGGGAAAGCUGUUAGAAUGAUGGGUGUACCUGAAGUUGAAGCUGAAGAAGUUCUGCAAAAUGCAAAGGCGAACUUGAGGAUAGCUGGGUUUGAUGAAGAGGAGAAGAGGUUGAGACAACGAAUGUCAAAUAGGCCACAUGCUGCACUGAGACUUCCGCAAGGAACUUAUAUUUUUUGUAAUUUCCGUACACUUCAAAUUCCGGGAGUAGAGCUGAAUCCUCCUGCUUCAGAGGCAUUGAAAAGAAUGCACAUGCUCGCUGCAGAUCCAGGAAUUGUUGCUAUUAUGAACAAGCAUCGUUGGCGUGUAGGAAUUAUGACAGAGAUGGCUCCAGUAGGCUAUGUUGGCGUGAGUCCCAAAUGUAUUCUUGGUUUCAACAAGAAUCAUGGGGAGGAGAUUUCUCUGCGUCUUCGAACUGAUGACCUGAAGGGUUUUAGGAAAUAUGAGAGGAUCAAGGCGACUCUUUUGCAUGAACUUGCUCAUAUGGUACACUCUGAACAUGAUGCGAACUUCCACGCUCUAGAAAAACAGCUUAAUGAAGAAGCUGCUACUUUAGACUGGACAAAAUCAAGAAGCCAGACUUUGAGUGGAGUACAGCAUUCAGAGCAUCAUGAAGAGUUUUAUUUUGAAGAGAGUAGCAAUUUAUCUCAUAAACUUGGGGGCAAGACAUCAGAUCAGCUGUCUAGUGCUCGUGCAUCUUCGAUUGCUGCUGCCCAUCACCGUUUAAAUGCUUCUAUUAACAAUUUCAGCCCAGGGGAACUGCAUAACGAACCAGAUACCAAAGAUUAUGGGUUCGAUAUGCAUGAAGAAUCUGGCCCUAAAUAUUCUCUGAAGGAAGGGAAGUUGGUUAUUGAAGACCCAAACAAUGCUGGCUAUGAGCCUGAGCCUGAUCUUGAUGAUAGUUCUUCUAAUCAGAACGAGUUUGAGCCUGAUCCUGAUGACCUUGGGGGUAGUGAUGUCAUGGAAUCUGAACCUGAUUCUGGAAUUAAUGCAAGUAAAAUUACAUCUGAACCAAAUUUUAUUGAUAUUGAAAUGACACAGUAUGCAUCUCUAACAACUGAUGAGAAGUUGGCAAGUGCAAAGAUUUGUGAAGAACCUGAUCCUGAUGAUUCAUUGAAGUAUGACCAACAUAACCUUGAUCAUGCUCAAGUAACAGAAACUCUGGACAUUACUACACAGACGAGAAAGACUAGUGAUAAACCUGAUUCAGAUGAUUUUGAAGCACAACAGAAUGGUUUUGUUCAUGAGAACAUCAUGAGACAAAAUGCAGAUCAUUCUGUAGCAAAUGAAACCAUGGAAGAUCUAACACAACCUAGCAAGACUUGUGCAGAACCUGAUCCUGAUGAUUGUCAAGCAAGUGGAGUUGUGCAGGCAGAGCCUGAUCCUGAUGAUAAUUUGUUGCCCCUCAUGGGACUUCCCGGACUGAAAACUGAUGUGCAUGAUACAGAAUUGAAGAGAAUUCAGGACCCUGUUACUGUUGUUUGUAAUCGCCUACAGAAGGCCAUUGAGAUGCUGCAGAUGGAAGUUAAUCCCAGAGACAUUACUACAGUCUUGCAAACUCUAUUUAAGAUCAUCAGGAAUUUGAUUGAACAUCCUGAGGAGAUGAAAUUCAAAAGACUUCGGAUGGCAAAUCCCAUAUUUCAAAGGAAUGUUGCGAAUUAUAAAGCUGCAGUGGAAAUUCUUUCCUUGAUUGGUUUUAUAGAAGAUGUUGUGUUUGAUGAAAUCGGAAAGGUGGAACCAUAUCUGGUGUUGAAGCGGAAUGACCCGGGCUUAUUAUGGCUGGCCAAAUCCUCCAUCGAAACAUGCAUUGCUCACUAGCCAUGGAAAUAUAAAUGUGUAAAAUUGAUGAAAAAGAACAAAAAGGAUAGCUAUCUGUAUGUUGUAAUGUAGAUUGUGCAUUCUGUAUUGACAAUGAUUCAUGAAAUAUUAUUGCGGUUAUGCAUCUCAUAUUGUUAGAUGACUAGAAUCGGCUGUGCAUUCAAUAAUAUUGAUUGUUGAUAGAUA